CGCGGCUUUCAGAGCUCAGAUGGUAAAGAAAGGCGCCGGACGAACAGCCAACCGAGGAGCUUUUUAUUAUUUGAUGACUCUGGAUUUGUUUCGGCUCUCUUGGUCCUUGUUGCUGAAUUUCGAACCCGGAAUAAACGUUUAUUCGUCUUUUCACUUUUAAUUUCUUGCUUUUUUUUUUUUUUUUUUGCAUUAACAAGUGAGCGAUGCGGCAGUGAGAGAGCGGAGCGCACUGAGCGUCUCGGUUCAUUCACAUGCAAAAGGAGAAAGUGUUGCCUCUGCAGUGUUUGUUUGCAUUAUUUUGGGGGAAGGAGAACUCAGACCUGCUCGGAUCCUGCUUGUUGAGGACAACAUGCCACAGACACCACCUUUCAAGGGGCAGCUGAACACCGGUGGCUACAACAACAAUCUGUACGAGACCAAGGAGGACGGCUACCCCGGCCUCUAUUAUCAUGACAACAACCUGGUGUCCGGCUCCCUGGAGGCCCUCAUUCGCCACCUGGUGCCAACUGUGGACUAUUAUCCAGACAGGACGUAUAUCUUCACCUUCCUGCUCAGCUCUCGCCUCUUCAUCCACCCGUAUGAACUUAUGUCCAAAGUGUGCCACCUGUGCAUGGAGCAGCAGAGACUCAGCGAUCCUCCAGCCGAUAAGCUGAGACUCAGAAAGAUCACCCCGAAGAUCCUCCAGCUGCUGACCGAGUGGACGGAAACGUUUCCCUACGACUUCAGGGAUGAGCGGAUGAUGCGCAGCCUGAAGGAGCUGACCCUAAGGCUGGCCAGCGUAGACGAGGUGUACAAGAAGCCAGUGGGCCAGAUGAGCCAGGGUCUGAUCCGGAGGUUGACGGUGCUCAGCCAGUACGAGGAGGCGCUGGUCAAGGUCAACGCCACGGCAGCUGAGCGGUUAACCACGCUCAAGGCGAAACCCCAGGCAGCCAUCCAAAGAGACUUGCUCUCCAUUUGCAACGACCCCUUCACUGUCGCCCAACAGCUCACACACAUAGAGCUGGAGAGACUGAGUUACAUCGGACCUGAAGAGUUUGUCCAGGCUUUUGUCCACAAAGACCCUCUGGACAAUGACAAGAGCUGCUUCAGUGAUCGCAAGAAGGCCAGCAACCUGGAAGCCUACGUUGACUGGUUCAACAGGCUCAGUUAUCUGGUGGCCACAGAGAUUUGUUUGCCUGUGAAGAAGAAGCACCGCGCUCGAGUCAUCGAGUUCUUCAUCGACGUGGCGCGGGAAUGCUUCAACAUCGGCAACUUUAACUCCCUAAUGGCCAUCAUAUCUGGGAUGAACAUGAGCCCCGUGUCCCGGCUGAAGAAAACCUGGAGCAAAAUCAAAACGGCCAAGUUUGACAUCCUAGAGCAUCAGAUGGACCCGUCGAGCAAUUUCUACAACUACAGAACAGCCCUGAGAGGAGCCACGCAGAGAUCCAUCACCGCCAACAGUAGCAGAGAGAAGAUCGUCAUCCCUUUCUUCAGCCUGCUCAUUAAGGACAUCUACUUUCUCAACGAGGGAUGUGCCAACCGGCUGCAGAACGGCCAAAUCAACUUCCAGAAAUUCUGGGAACUUGCCAAACAGGUGAGCGAGUUCAUGACCUGGAAGCAAGUGGAGUGUCCGUUUGAGAAGGACCGCAAGAUCCUGCAGUACCUGCUGACCGCUCCUGUGUUCACGGAAGACGCUCUGUACCUGGCGUCGUACGAGAGCGAAGGCCCUGAGAACAACAUGGAGAAGGACAGAUGGAAGUCUCUGAGAUCCACCCUGCUGAGCAGAGUUUAAAGCUGAAGACACCCAGAGGAAGACAAACCCAACAGGCGGGACGCGCCCUGUCUACGCCGCUGUUGUCCAGGCGAAGUAUCCCGAUCUCUGAAGGGAAUCGACAAUCUCUCCUCAGACUGUGGAGGACCUUGAAUGUCCCCCUCCCCAGCACUGAGCCCCCCCCCCCCCCCCCCCCACUGCCCCUGCCCUCCAUGCUGUAUAUUUUCAGACAGCAGUUUUUCAUCUCUUUGUAAGACUUUAUAGUCGCUUUGUUAAAGGCACACUACAGACCUUUGGAGUAAAAAAAAAAAGAAAGUUGAAGGUGUUUGGGCUUGUUGCCCCCCCCCCCCCCCCCCUGCGGUUUUACUACUUUUCUUAUUGUGUUAGCUGCUGGUCAGCCAACGUGACAGAUACUCUACACACCUUCUGGUUCCUGACGCCAGCGUUCUCUGGAGGGAGAAUUCAAACCUCAACACUGAAGUUCAUCGGGACAGCAUUAUGUGUCCGGUGUUCUCGUUUUCCUCGUUUCUUUCCCAUUCCAUAACUUUUGGAUUAGUGAGUGUGACGGUGUGUUUGUGACGUGUACGUAAAAAUGCACUGGCUGUAUUUAAGAAAAAAAAAGUCUGUUAUUUGUUUUAAGCCUUGGCUGAGUGGCAGAAAGGAGGGCUGAUUAAAAGCGGCCCUCCGCUGCCGGGGUCCUGCGCUGCCCCCUGGUGGCCCGGUGCAGAAAAGUGAAUUUUGUUCUGCGUGUUUGAAAGUGUGUUACGUUGUUUGUUUUUAUUUAUAAAUGUGUGCAGUCACGUUAUGUAUUCAUUUUUAUUAUUUAAUUUUGUACUAGAUGCAUAACAUUCUUAGUUAGGGUUAGUCCCCAGAUGUUUGCGUGGAUAUUUUUAUGAAACACUUAAUUGCUUUUCUAGGCACCAGAUCAGAGAAUGAAGUUAAACGUGUUUUUGUUUUUGACUGACGUCUGCUUUGCCUUGACUGUUUCCACCCGGCGCCCAUGUCGAUGAUUUGUGUCUGUGUCACUUUGUCCCCUCCCUCCCUCCCCGUGUUAAUGAUCCAUUUGUAUUUGUACCACUGAAACAGAAUAGUGAAGCAGUUUAUAACUGAUCUAGUUGUGUUACACAGAAAAAAAGCUAAUAAAUUGUUUUAGUUUAUCAAA